CAGAAGUCACGGUUCAGCAAGCACGUCAAGAUGAAAAAGCACGUAAAAUGUCUCGAAAACCGCGAUAAAAGUGAUCCGUACCACAAGACGUCGUUUUUAAGGCUGAACAACGGUGAAACUGACAAAACAACCCCAAUAUUUGGGCAUAAAAUGCAGAGACCAGCAAAAGUGGUGGAACAGAAUCGAGAGAAAAAAACUAUUUGUAUUCCCAAGACAAUGACCGAUGCGCCGUUUUUACAGCAUCCAGGACUAACACCAGGACAGAAGCGCUUUUUAUACAGCAUAGCAGAGGCUUACAGUAAAGAUCAUAUGCGACGGCUGAUUUGUCAACAUUAUAUCAAUGUAAUACACCGGUGCAUCAGGACAGACUUGAAUCCACGUGUGAAACCACGGGUGACCACAAUAUACUCCCCAGAGUUGGAACACAUCACAGAAUCUCAAACUACAAAAUUUUUUGGGACAAAAGAACACGAAGAUUUUCGCCUACAGAGAAGGCCAAGAAAACAACCUUCCCCAAAAUCCCUCAAAACCAACACAGCUGAGGAAAUGUCCCUAAACCAAACACAAAUAUUGUCUAAUAUGCGAGUAAUGGUUAGAAGGUUUAAUUGUUUUCUAAUAUUUAACUAAUAGUGUGUCUUCAAGAUUUCCAAAAACAAACACAGUACAGGCAAACAGAACCUCUUUGCGAGGUAAGUUUGCAUUAGUACAAGCUACGCACAUAUUUCACUCUCUAAUUUUGAUCUUUAUUUAAAGGAACACUCCACUUUUUUGAAAAUAUGCUCAUUUUCCAGCUCCCCUAGAGUUAAACAUUUGACUUUUACCAUUUUGGAAUCUAUUCAGCCGAUCUUUGGGUCUGGUGCUACCAUUUUUAGCAUAGCUUAGCACAAUCCAUUGAAUCUGAUUAGACCAUUAGCACCACACCUAAAAAAAACCCCAAAGAGUUUCGAUAUUUUUCCUAUUUAAAACUUAACUCUUCUGUAGUUACAUCGUGUACUAAGACUGAAAAAAAAUUAAAAGUUGUGAUUUUCUAGGCAGAUAUGGCUAGGAACUAUACUCUUAUUCUGGCGUAAUAAUCAAGGACUUUGCUGCCGUAACAUGGCUGCAGCAGGUGCAAUGAUAUUACGCAGCAGCC